AUGGCCGCUCAAUCAGUCGAUACUUUCGUCCUUGCCUUCAGCGAUCCUCUUUCAAAUGAGGCUGAGCCCCAGAGAGCACGGGUCAAUGUCAGCAUUUCCUUUGAACUUUUCAACAACAAUCAUGUCCAAACACUCUCCACCAAUCAGGCCGGAGGAGACGUCGAAGGGCUGUUAUUUGUUCCUGACUUGGAUUCGUCCGACCCCUGCUUCAAUGCAUCGAUGCAAUACGUCCCAAGUAAUGUCACCCGAAUAGGUGAUCUACCAACCGUGCAAUACUUGUACUUGGGAUUUGCGCCAUGGUUCUCUGCAGACUGUACAAAAUCCUACCUUGCCGCCGCCCGUGAGGUGCCAGGCCUCGACGGACUCAUAUUCUAUACCCCAAACAACAGCACUGGUACGCCUCCACCGGUAUCAGAUGGGACUUGGGACUUAAACGAUGGAGGACAAUGGAAGUCGGAGAACAAAUACCCCGUCUAUGCUGUACCAGGCGUCGAUGGAGGGAUUAUUAUGCAGCAGCUCGCGCAGUACUCUCGCAAUGCAUCAAGUGCUAAGGUGCAAAACAUCCUCGCGCAGGAGCAACUGGAUCCUACAGAUUACGUUCGACUCUAUACGACCUUCGGAUUGAAUGGUGGCACCAGUCUGCCCACAUUGUGGGCAUUUCUGCUAAUUGUACUUGGCAUCGUUCUCUUCAUCAUUGGCUUAACAUCUAUCUCGAUGCAUUACUAUCAGCGACGCAAUCGUCGCGCUCUUGAACGCCGCAUCCGAAGCGGUGAAGUCGACCUCGAAACCCUUGGCAUCAAGCGGUUGCGUGUCUCUCAAGAAGCCGUCAACAAUCUUCCCACUUUCAUCUAUGUCCCCAACGAAAGCAAAUCAACUGACACCAAUGAGCCGGGGGAACUUUCUUCACGAGCGCUUUCAGAGUCAGCUGCGCCAGCCUCUUCCACACCAGACCACACUCUUUGGGCGCAACCAACAUGUCCUAUCUGCCUCGAUGACUUCAUCCCUCGCGAAACCACGGUUCGCUCCCUCCCAUGUCACCACAUCUACCAUCCUGCAUGUAUCGAUCCUUUUCUACUGGCCAACAGCUCCCUCUGCCCCGUCUGUAAAGCUAAAGUGGUCCCUCAAGAGCAAAAUGCCUACACAUACGAGCCGGUCACUAAUGCAAUGGUGCGCUACGAGCGUCGAGCUGGAAGGAUGAGACUUGCGCGCGAGAUGAGGCGGUCACAGACUGGAUGGGUUGGGACCCAGGGAAGGGUGAGUAGCGGGCGCUUCAAUAACCUCAGGAGGGUAUGCGGGAGGGAUAGGAGAAUCUUCAGUGCCCCAAGUGCAGCGCCGACAACGAGUCAGAUCGAGAUGGUCGCCGUGGGGAACAGGGCAGCGUCGAGUCCAAUCGCAGCUCCGCAUCCCGAGGUGUCGGCAGUGCAGACAAGACCGCCGGCUGACACUACUAUAAGAAGAGAAUGGAUCAGCAGGAGGAUGAGUGCAUUGGUGGGGCGUGAGCCGACGAUAGAAGAGACGGAGGCGGAGAGACUGGCACGGAUGCCCAUGUGGCGAAGAGCCCUUGGCGCUGUCUUCCCUGGUUUCCGAUAA